CUAGCUUUCUCUCUUUCUCUUUCUUUAUCUUGUUCUCUGAAUUUGAGGAAGAUCUUGAUAAUUCUUCUCAUAUUCUCUUGAUAAAUUUCCUCCUAAUCUCGUGCUCUAUCUGUGUGAGCGAGUGGUGAGUACACCUAAAGAAGCGUAAGGAGCAAAGAAGGAGGAGGAGCUAAUGGAAGGAGGAGUACACAAGCCUGAUGCUUCGGCCUUCCGCGAGUGUUUGUCUCUCUCGUAUAAGAAUCCUUACGUUCUUCGCCUCGCUUUCUCAGCUGGAAUUGGUGGCCUCCUCUUCGGUUACGACACUGGAGUUAUUUCGGGGGCUCUUUUGUACAUAAGAGAUGACUUCAAAGAUGUUGAUAGGAAAGUUUGGCUUCAGGAAGCUGUUGUAAGUACGGCAAUAGCUGGAGCAAUCAUAGGGGCAGCAAUUGGUGGAUGGAUCAACGAUAAAUAUGGAAGGAAAAUCGCCAUCAUGCUUGCAGACUUGCUUUUUUUACUUGGCUCUGUAAUCAUGGCUGCCGCACCCUCCUCCGCCAUUCUCAUCGUAGGCCGAGUUUUUGUUGGUCUCGGUGUUGGUAUGGCUUCCAUGGCGUCUCCCCUCUAUAUUUCCGAGGCUUCGCCAACCAAAGUCCGAGGUGCACUUGUCAGUCUUAACAGCUUCCUCAUCACCGGCGGCCAAUUCCUCUCUUACCUCAUUAACUUGGCAUUUACCAAGGCACCAGGGACAUGGAGGUGGAUGCUUGGAGUGGCAGCAGCACCUGCCUUAAUUCAAUUGGUGCUAAUGUUUUUUCUUCCUGAAUCACCCCGCUGGCUCUACCGAAAGGGGAAGGAAGAUAAAGCAAAGGAGACUCUGAUCAAGGUUUAUCAAGAAAAGAGUCUGGUUGAUGCAGAGGUACAAGCCUUGAAGGAAUCAGUUGAGUUGGAAGAGAAGGAAGCUGCAAACUCAGAAAAGAUAAGCAUAAUGAAGAUGCUGAAAACAAAAACUGUUAGGAGGGCUCUGUAUGCAGGAGUUGGACUCCAAUUCUUCCAGCAGUUUACGGGAAUAAACACCGUAAUGUACUAUAGUCCCACUAUUGUUCAGCUUGCUGGCUUUGCAUCCAACCGGACUGCAAUGCUUCUGUCCCUCAUCACCUCCGGCCUCAACGCCUUUGGUUCCAUCCUCAGUAUUUACUUUGUCGAUAAGGCUGGCCGCAAGAAGCUCGCCUUGAUCAGUUUGUGUGGCGUUGCUAUAUCUCUGGCCAUCCUUACCGCCACCUUCCGCCACACCGAGACUCAUUCUCCCAUGAUCAGUGCAUUAGAUACUUCCCAUUUCAGUAACAACACUUGCACUGCUUUCUCCAAAGCUGCAAAUCCUGCUGUAUGGGAUUGCACGGCAUGCCUCAAGGUUGAUUGUGGCUUCUGUGCUUCAUCUAACAAGUUGAUGCCUGGAGCAUGUUUGAACCCAAAUGACAUAACAAAGAAGCUGUGCCAGAAUGAUCACAGAGCAUGGUACACAAGGGGAUGUCCUAGCAACCUUGGCUGGCUUGCGCUCCUUAGUCUUGCUCUCUACAUCAUAUUCUUCUCGCCCGGGAUGGGAACCGUUCCUUGGGUUAUCAACUCUGAGAUUUAUCCUCUCCGGUACAGAGGAAUUUGCGGAGGAAUUGCCUCUACCACCGUUUGGGUUUCCAAUCUUGUGGUUUCACAGUCCUUCCUCUCUCUCACAAAGGCUAUUGGCACAGCUUGGACGUUCAUGCUCUUUGGAAUUGUCGCCGUCGUGGGAUUUUUCUACGUGGCCAUCGUGGUUCCUGAAACCAAAGGAGUUCCAAUUGAGGAAGUUGAAAGUAUGCUGGAAGAGAGAGCUCUGCACUUUAGGUUUUGGGAGAAGAAAACUGCUCCCCCAAACAAGCAGUAAACUAGUAAUAAAGUUGUUAUCUGUCUUUUUUAGAUUUUAAAACUCUUAUAGUUUGUCUAGGGAAUGGUUAAGUGCGUCUUCUUUUUAAUUGCUACUACUACUUUUUUUUUUUGGGGGUAGAAGAUAGUUUGCAUUUUAAACUUUUAAUACGUGUGUGGAAUUUUAAGUUAUUCUACUAUGUUAUCAAAGUUCAAAUAAGUUAACUAAAUAUUUUACGGA